AUGGGUACUCGAGGACUUAUCGGCUUCACCAUUUCCGGCAGACGUAGAGGAUGUUAUGUCCAAUUCGAUUCAUACCCGGAGGGAAUGGGAGUUGGUAUUGUCAAAUUCAUCCUCGGUCUCACUCCUGAACAAAGAGAAACCAUGAUCAGACGACUUGAAGAGAUCAUUUGGGUCGAAUCUGGAUCCGAUGCACCGAAAGAGAUCGUUGAGAAAUACAGAUCUUUGGAAUUCCAUCUAUCACCAUACGAGAAACAUAUCAAGGCGACCAAUCCAGAGAUCUUUCGACAAUCUCAAUUAGGAACUCAAGGUGCAUAUUGUCUGCCAUACAUUUUAGAUGGAUCCCUGAAACACCUCAUCGAUGGUACCGAAUUCGUGGAAGAUGGUUUGUUCUGCGAAUGGGCUUAUUGGAUAGACUUUGAGAAGCAGGUAUUCAUAAUGGAUGAUGGGAAAGAAAGGCAAUGGAACUUCGAUCAGUUGGAUUCGGGAUUCUGGGGUAAAUUGGUAGAUGACAACUUACAGCAAGAAAGAGAAUUUGAACGAAGAAGGAAACAGAAGGAAAACGAAGAAGCGAAUAGUACGCAGCAACGAGGAUCCGAAGAAAAGGAGGAAAGUAAAGAAGCUGACGAGAGAGUCAGUAUAUUCCCUCUAUAG